AUGCUAUCCCGACCGAUAUACCAUUUCUUACCUCUAUAUGGAAUUCAAAUACGAUACUCCUCCUCUUCUACUCGAUGGAUUGCUCGUAAACAGAGCGAUCGGUUUACCAAACAAGCAGCCAGGCAGAAUUAUCGUGCAAGAAGCACAUACAAGCUGAUCGAACUCGACUUGAAAUACAACAUCCUUAAAAAGGGAGAUGUAGCCAUCGAUUGUGGAGCUGCACCGGGAGGGUGGAGUCAGUACAUCGCAGAGAAAAUCUUUGGAGAAAUAGACUCUCAAAAAGUCUACAACAAAAAACGUCGUACUGCAAAAUCAAAGAUGGACGUACAGUCUGAUGAGGAAGAAGACAUAGACGAUAAAAAUGAUUUCUCCAAGCAGCAAGAUGUUCAAAAUGGAUUAGUCAUUGCUGUAGAUUUAUCCUCCAUAGAACCGAUAUCAGGCGUUAAUGUUGUCCACGGCGAUAUUACAGACCAUAAAACAAUAGACAAGAUUAAAACUUUUCUUGGUAAUAGAAAGGCAAACGCAAUAUUUAGUGACAUGGCUCCGAAUUUCUCUGGCAAGCAUCUUGUUGAUCAUAUGCGAUCAAUGGAUUUAUGCGAAGCAGCACUCUCUCUAGCCCAAGAAACAUUAGGCCCUGGUGGAACUUUUUUGUGUAAGUUUUUAAUGGGAGAAAAUGAUAAGGAAUUAAGAACCAAGCUGGAACGUAAUUUUCGCAAAGUUCUUUAUAAGAAACCUGAGGCAUCCAGAAAAGAGUCUUCAGAGGGAUAUUUUGUGUGUUUGAUGUAUUCAUCUGACGUCAAGUAG